AUUUUGCGAUCAAUCUCUGCGGUAUUGUACGCGCGACGUUGCACAUACAGAGACCAAAGUGGGUGGCCUCGUUUUUGAUGUUUCAACCGAUUAUGAAAGCUUGGUUCAAUCUAAUAUAUCAUUUGUCAAUAUUUUUGCCAUGGUGUUAAUAUUUUCUAAGCUGGAACAUCUAUGAGAAGACUUUUCAUUGCGUAUAGCUCAGAAAAGGACAAUUUUACACUUUGAUCCAGGCAAACCAAAUAUUUACGUCAAAACAAAAUAAUGAGAAAUGGUACCUUAGGACUAAGUUUUCAUACUCGACGGAAACAACAGUAACUUCAAUUUUGGGACCACCCUACUGUACAUACAAACAAAAGGCAAUUUUAGUGCAUAUUUCGAAAAAUAAAAGUAGAAGGAACUUUGCAGAUAUUUUUAUUUAUAUUUACAUACAAACACUUAUACAAAAAUAGUGCAAAAUUUCUCAGAUACAAACAUAUUGUGUGUGUGUUUGCUACAACAUGUAACCACGACGAGAAACAAAAUUUUUGUGCCGCAAUUCUUUGUAGAGGAGUUUUUAGUCUUUUUCGAUAAUUAAACAUUCAGUCGAAUAGACGACAGAUACAGAACAAGAGAUGAAUGUCGAAAAGUUAAGGCGUUUACAGGCCCAGGUCCGCAUAGGGGGCAAAGGUACGCCUCGUCGCAAGAAGAAGGUAAUGCAUCAAUCUGCUGCCACAGAUGAUAAAAAAUUACAAAGUUCUUUGAAGAAAUUGUCCGUUAGCACAAUACCCGGCAUUGAGGAGGUCAAUAUCAUCAAAGAUGAUCUAACCGUUAUUCAUUUUAACAAUCCCAAAGCUCAAGCAUCUUUAUCGGCCAACACUUUCGCCGUUACUGGUCAUGGAGAGACCAAGAAAAUAGUGGAAAUGUUGCCCGAAAUCUUGCCACAAUUGGGCCAGGAUACUGUCAUGCAGUUGCGUAUGUUUGCCAAUACCAUGUCUGGUAAUCAAAAGCAGGGUAAUGCAGCCUCAAGUACUCUUGAUAAUGUGGCCGAAGAAGAUGAUGUUCCCUUGUUGGUUAACGAUUUCGAAGAGGUUGCCAAAAUGGAGGAGACCAAAAGUGCAAAACCUAAAGGUGAUGCUAAAAUAUCUGAAGAGCUGGCUAAAAAUAAUGAGAAUGGCAUUUUGAAAGAAGAGAACAAUGAAAAGAAAAUUGAUAGUUCGAAAGAUGCUGCCGAGAAGUUGGAUAAAAAAUCGAAGAAACAACAGAAUAAGCAACAACAGCAGCAGCAGCAACAGUCGGCCAAUGGGGCAGCUAAAAUUAAAUCCGAUGCAGGUAAAAACGAAAAUAAGCAGCAAAAACAAGCGAAACAAGAAAAGACAAAUAAACAAGAAAAAACUCAACCCAUAGCUGAGAAAAACGAUGUAAGUAAAAACGAACAAAAACCGGCAGACGUUAAACACGAAGCACUAAAGGAAGCGGAAAUAGUAAAAGAAGAACUUCCCAUACAAAAACAAGAGGCUAAAGUUCAAGAAAAAGCUAAUGAAAAAUCCCAACCCAAAGCGGAACCUAAGGAAAUUAAAGGAGAGGAUACAACAAAAACUCCAAAACCCAAUAAAGACACUGCCAAAAAAACAGAGGGAAAAGCUGGACCAAAGACCACGGAUAAAACAGCGAAACCAACUGAUAAACCUGCUGAAAAGAAGAAGGAAGAAAAUGCCAAAGAACGCAAGCCUCAAGAAGCUCAAAAGAAAGAGGAAGCUGCUAAAGCCAAAGAAGUUAAAGGUGAACAAACUAAAGUACAAGCUGCAACCAAAGAUGUAAAGGAAUCAAAGGAAUCAGGAGAGAAAAAGAAAGAUACUAACCAAACAAAACAACAACAGGAUAAACCGAAAGAACAAAAGAUGGAAACCGAUUCCACAGAAAAGAAAAAGGAAGUUAGUGCACAGCCACCAACAGAGCAAAAACCUAUAGCUGAAGCUAAACAGGAAAAAUUGGAGAAACCAGCCAGUCAAGAAGACAAAUUAAAAAAGAAAGAAGCUACAUCCACCAACAAUUUAAAUAAAAUUCCUGAAAUGAAAAUUGAAAAGAAAGAAGAAACAGCACCUAUUGCUAUGGAAAAGAAUAUAGAACCAGCAGCUCCUACUGUUGUCGAACCAGCAAUUCAAAAGCAAGAAGUAUCUAAACAAACUGCAGUGUCGAGUACAACAAAUGCUAGAGAAACAAUCGAAAAAACAACCGAACCUCUUGAGGCAGCCAAACCUAAAGAGGAAUCUAAAAUGCCAUCAGAGGCUGUAAAAGAAACUGAAGAAAAACCCAAACAACAAGAAAAUACUGCCGAAAAAACAGCGCAAAUUAUAACCCCUACAGAGAAGACUCCGGAACAAACGGAAAUAAAAACCCCUGAAGCCGAUAAAGCUAAAGAGAAAAUUGCUGCUGGAGCUAGCCAACCAACCAAGCAACCAUCACCAAAACCAGCUAAUGGUAAAAAGACUCCAACACCUGCAACUCAAACUACAGCCAGCAAUAAAAAAGAUGAAUCUAAAGGUAAAGCUACAACUCAACCAGGUACUCAAACAAAGCCGGCGAAACCAACAACACCGAAACCAACACUACAAACUAAGCCAGUUACACCAGCAAAGACUCCGGAUAAAGCUGUUACUCCCACGAAACCAGGAACUCCCACCAAAGCUGUAAGUCCUCAACCUAAACCUGCAAUUAAGAAAACAUCUUCACCGACAGCUACGCCACCAACAACGCCUAUUGAAGGAAAUUUGACAUUAACCGAGGUAGCAACUGCAGCUAAAACUGCCAAUGAACCUCAAAAGAAACCAGCUACGGCACCAAAACCGGCACAGGUUAAAAGUAAUCAGCAAAAACCUACAGGUCCCAGUCAAACUUCAGAUAAUAAGAAAGCUGUGGCAGCAAAACCAAAACAACCAUCUCCUGGUAAAACUGCACCAGCUCAACAGGAGCAAAAGAAACAGGCAAGUCCAUCGAAAUCUGAAGCCAGUAAACAACCUUCAUCUCCCACCUCUUUAAAUACUCCUCAGCAACAUGUUACAAAACAACCAUCACCAUCUAAGCAAUUAACUACAGCAAAACAGCCCCCUCCAACUAAGCAACCUUCUCCAGCAAAGCAAGUUGCUACACCAGCAACUCAAGAACAGCAACCUCAAGUGAAAGCAUCGACACCUCAACCAACGAAAGCCAGUACAUCUUCAACUGAAGCAAAAGCAACUACGCCUCAACCCGAAACUGAAAAACCAAAAUCAGCCACACCACAACCAGACAAGGAACAAUUAAAAGUCGCUAUUCAACAGCCAGCAACUGAACCCAAAAAAGCCAGUAGUCCUCAACCAAUUAUUCUACAGCCGGCAAAUGAAGCACAGAACGACAACUCUACUCAAUCAAAUGCUAAUCAGCAACAGCUCAAUUCACAGUCUCCACAAUCCGCUGCACAACAACAAAAAUCUUCUACUUCUCAAGCAACUAUUUCAGAGGAACUGAAACUGGCUUCACCACAAUCAACUUCUAAACAACAGGAAUCGCAACCCAAGGCCACCACUCCACAACCUAAAGCCACUACUCCUCAACCUCAGAAAGCUGCUUCAUCACAACCAACUGUCCAACAACAACCGAAAGCUAGUACUCCACAACCAACUGGUCAACAGCCGAAAGCAGGUACUCCACAACCAGCUACAUCAACACAGCAAGCUGGUACUCCACAAACUGCUGGUCAACCACAGAAAGCGAGUACCCCACAACCGCCCGGACAACCAAAACCCAGCACUCCACAACCAGCAGUAAAACAACAGAAAUCGGGAACUCCUCAGCCAGCUGCUCCUCAACAGAAAGCUAGUACUCCGCAACCAGCUGAUCAACAACCAAAAGCUAGUACCCCACAACCAGCAACCCCGGCACAACAAGUGAAAGCGAGUAUGCCACAGCAAUCUGGUCAACCAAAAGGUAGUACUCCUCAACCAAUUGGUCAACAACCAAAAGCAAGUACCCCACAACCAGCUUCCCAACCACAGAAAGCCGGUACUCCACAACCUAAAGCCAGCACUCCUCAACCAAUGGGUGAGCAGACAAAAGCCGGUACUCCACAACCUCAGAAAGCCAGUACUCCACAACCAACAAUUCAAUCACAGCAACCAACUUCUCAACCAGCAGUGCAACAACAGCCAUCUAAUCAACCUAUUCCUCAGCAGCCAAUUGCUAUAGAACAAAAAACUACUACUCCCCAGCCUCCAGUACAAAUGGCGCCAACAAAUCAACCGCAACAACCCAAUACUCAACAAGCAACUACACCAGAAAACAAACCUUAAAUACUCUCUCUUGCAUUUCAUUAAAAAAAAAUAUUUUAAUAUCACCCCCAUCCUGUAAGGCAUUUCACACUAACAACUCUUUUUCUUCCUCUGAAACAUUAUUUUAGAAUUUUUCAUAUAUAAUUUUUUAUAGAACCUCAACUAACCUUUAACCUAGUUUUGUUUAAAAAACAUUUAAAAACCCUCAACCAUCCAACCGAAGAAUUCUUUUUAUAAAAACAUUAAUUAUCAUUUUUAAAUUUGGAUAUACAUAUAUACGAAAACGAAAUUAUGGAAAUAACUAAUUAUUCAAAAAUAUAUAAUGGUUAAUGGUUGAAACAA